AUGGUUUCUGCUUGUAUCGCUCUCGGUGACGAGUUGCAGCUGUUUCAUGCACUUGCCAAGGUGGGCAGCGAGGAGAAGCCAGCUAGCGCUGCGGAAGUCGCGCAGGAGAGCGGCUGCAAGGAAAGAUAUGUGAAAGAGUGGCUAGCAGUGAUGGGCACUGCAGAUAUCAUUACUGUCACGGAAGACGAAAAAUUCUUCAUCAGAAAGGAGCACAUUGAGGAUCUCACCGGCAAUGCUAUAAUGAUGAACUUUUUCUUGCCUACUUCGAUGAGGCCCUACGAUAAACUUUGUGAAGUUAUAAAGAAAAAUGGACCCAAUGGGCUCGAUUAUUCGGAUUAUACUAUAAAUGUAUACAAACAGAUAGCCAAGUGCAGUGAAGCGAUUCAUAAAAAGCACAUGAUUCCAGACUUCGUGCCCGCUCUAGGAUCUGAUAUCAAGAGGAAGCUUGAAGAAGGCAUAGAAGUGCUCGAUGUUGGCUGCGGUAAUGGACUCCACUCUUCAGUUUUAGCAAAAGAAUUUCCCAAAUCAAACUUCAUCGGGAUAGACUACACAGAAGACGCAAUCAGCUUGGCAAAGGAGCAGAGGAAAAUUAACGGCGAGAAAUUUGACAAUCUGACAUUUUUGCAAAUGAAUGGAGCAAAAAUGGAUGCUGCGUGGACAAAUAAAUUUGAUUUAGUCAUAGUCUUUGACGCUUGCCACGAUCAAACUAGACCUGAUUUGUGCUUGAAAGAAAUUCAUCGGGUUCUCAAACCGGGCGGUGUAUUCGGAAUGGUGGAGAUAGAUGGAACUUCUAACAUUUACGAAGACAAGAAAGUGUUUGGAGAGAAGGCAGGGCUUAGUUAUGCAAUUUCUCUCUUUAACUGCUUGGCAGUCGGAAGUAACUCAAAAGAUGCCUUUUGUCUCGGUUCUAUGUGGGGCAAAGAACGAGCGAAGAAGCUGCUCCACGAUGCAGGCUUCCACAACGUCGACAUCAUUCCAACACCGUAUUUCGAGAGCAACAUUCUGUAUCUCUGCAGAAAAGAAUGA